AUGUCGCUGAGCUCGCCUCGUUACGACCCAAGUCUAGGGCUGGGAGCAGAAACCACCCGAGCCAUGGGCAAGACGCGACAGUAUGCCUUCCUACUCCUUGUGGCUUUGACGCAAGCGGUUCAGAUGGUUCCACUGGGUGUCGGGAUUAACUCAGGUCUUGUCAUCGGACAGGUGCUGGGGGCUGACCCUAUCCGAUCGGUCUGGGUGGUCGCAUCGUAUCCUCUGACCCAAGGUUCGUUUGUUCUGAUAGGCGGUCGUCUUGGAGCGAUUUAUGGCCAUAAGAAUCUCGUGGUGCUGGGCGGCGCCUGGUGGGUGUUCUGGGCCCUCUGCGGUGGAUUCUCAAGCAAUCUGGUCAUGAUGUGCACAACGAGAGCCCUAUGUGGCGCUGGUGGUGGGAUCAUGGUACCUAACCUCAUUGCUUUGAUCAGCAUCACGCUUCCCCCUGGGCAAAGAAGAAACCUCGGCUUCGCUCUGUUUGGGGCCAUGUCACCCGUUGGAGCUGCUGGAGGAUCUCUUGUGGGAGCUGUCAUUGUUCAACUGUCCGAAUUCAGAUGGGUAUUUUUCUUGAUGGGACUUUUAGGGUUCGUCGUGUACGGUAGCAUGAUAUUGGUCCUUGCAAACGAUGAACCUGUCGAUGCAUCCGGUAGUGUCGACUGGGUGGGAGCUUAUUUGGGAGUUGGCGGUCUCAUUUUGUUCAACUUUGUCUGGAAUCAGGCGCCUUCAGUCGGGUGGCAGACAUGGUACGAGAUUGUACUUCUCAUUGCCUCUUUGAUCCAUUUCACCGCGUUCACCUACUGGGAAAUGAGGGUUGCGAAGCACCCAAUUUUGCCGUUCGACAUAUGGCGUUCGCAAUCCUUUAACAGACUGCUCUUGACAAUAUCGUUUGCCUUCAUGGGCCUUGGUAUUUUCUUCUGGUACAUGAACCUUUACAUGCAGACAGUCAACGGAGACAGUUUGAUCACUGUGGGACUUCAUUACCUACCACUCACGAUCGGAGGCUCCAUUACCCCAUUCUUUGCCGCCUGGCUCGUGCCGCGGUUGCCGGCAAAAGCCAUCAUCGGCAUAGGUUGUCUGGCCAUGGCUACAAUCAACAUUUUACUUGCCACAAUUCCUGCCCAUCUAACUUACUGGGCAAUGGCAUUUCCUGCGAUGUUGCUCUCAGCAUUUACAGUCGACCUUAUCACAACAAGCUCUCAAAUCAUUGCCAGCAACGCGGUUCCACUCAAACAUCAAGGCGUAGCGGGAUCUCUGAUUGGUACCUUUCUAAGUUAUGGACAGAGUACGGGACUUGGGUUUGCGGGAAUAGUCGAAGUUCAAACAUUUAACAAUGGGAGGGACUUACUCAAAGGUUACCAUAAUGCGGCAUAUCUGGCUGUUGGAUUUUCGGUGGCAGCACUUCUCUUAAGUGUAUUCAUCAACGUUUCCGAGGAUGAUGACGAUGUACAGAUGGAACAGAAUUAG